GGGAGGUCCUGUGCGAUGCGGGGCGGCUCCUUCUCCUCCCACCUCCUCCUCCCACUCCGCCCAGGCAGCUGCGUUCUCCGUCAUUUCGCCUCUGCGUCCCGCACUUGUUGGAUGUUUCCGUUCAAAUUCCAGUUAUUUGCAGUCGCCCCGUCCGUCGUUUGCCCUCCUCUGGACUCCCGAGAAACCCGCUGCGAGGGUGCGAAGGUGAAAACGCGUUCCCGGGUUCAGUGCGCGUAAAGAGCGCUCCCCCUCCCCGGAGCCCGGAGCGUUGUCAUCGUCCCUAGCGGUUUGUUGGCUCCGGUGGCUGCGCCGUGACUAUGCUCCGUUUUUCCUGCGCUUGCGGCAGUCUCCACUUCUGACCUCUAGUCCGCUGGCUCCUGCGGUCUGGUUCUCCUCACCGCGCUGUGCGUCCUGGGCACCUGGGCUCAUCCUUGGAGAAGUUCCGCCGCAGUCCCAUGCUCGGCGCUCCUCUGCUCUCCCCCCGCUGUGAUAAGGAUGCUUGUAGCUUUUCACGGUCAGACUCCACAGGAUUAGCCCGAGAUGAACUCGCGGAGAAUGUAACUAGAUCAGAGAUGUUCAUAUGACCUUGUUAUCCUGCAGUGUGACCUCUGACCUUUGAAGACAAAUUCUCCUUACCCAUCCAUUCUUGAAACACUCUUCUGAUGUGUUAAGCAACUUUGCUGAACAGUUUGAUGGAGAGCUGGUCGGAUGACAGCUGGAACUGUUGUCAUAACCGGAGGAAUACUGGCCACAGUGAUACUUCUGUGUAUCAUCGCCGUGCUCUGUUACUGUAGACUCCAGUACUACUGCUGUAAGAAGAAUGGGUCUGACAGCGGCUCCAUCUCUCAGCAACACUUCGCCUGCAACGCCUGCAGCGUCUCCGGCCUGGACGGACCCAUCGUCACCCCGCUGUCCCUGUCGCCGCCGGAGCCGCCCAAAUCCUCCAACCCCGCGAAAGCCGGCGGCGGGCGGCGCAGCUACUGCCCCAGCUGCUCCCCCUACGACUCGCCCUUCUACAUCCGCACCACCGACGAGAUGCGCAACGGCGGCGAGCGCGUCACCUACAUGCCCACGCACUACGACAACCAGGCUCUGGCCAUGCCGCUGCCCGCCGUCCGAGGCUCCGUGCUGAGGGAGACGCUGCGGGGCCGGCCUCCGGAUUUCUACACCAACACCCGAGCCAUCAGCACCGAGGUGUGACCACCACCACCCCCAUCUCCCUUUACACAGACACCCACCCACCCCUUCCUCUGCACUUACACACACCAGCACCACCACUAACACUACAAGAAUCUUUUGUUUUUUCCACACCUACGGCGGCUGCAAGGAUCAAGGCGCCCAGUUUGUCGAGGGUCGGGGAGGUUGGGGGGAUACAUUAUUCUGUUUAUAUAAGGUUUUGAGACAUUUACUGAAGACUUAAGUGACGAAAAAGGAAUCUCUUUCACACUGAGCUGACUUUAUACUCUAAAAUUUAAACAAAAAGUAUUCAAUGGUAGAUGAACUGUGCUCUUACAAGGCGGUUAUACACUACUCGUUGACUGUUACCGUGUCUUUUACCGACCGAGGGCUAUCUUAGAUAAGUUUUUCCAUGCUACAUAUCUUCCCACUGACUGCCAAAAAAAGAAAAAAAGUAAUAAGACAAAGUAUGUAGCAAGUAUGAAGCAAUCCAAGAGCGGAGCCUGAACUGUAUUUGGAAACGUGACAAAGGAAAAAGUCAUCAUCUCGUGCGUAGUUUUUUGCGGGUCUCCGGGGGGGCCGUGCUCGAGCUACAGCGAGGGUCAAAGAGGCCUGGACGGCUGGAGGCUUCUCUUCUCUAUGCAAGCUGCCGAGGCAAACUGCUGCCGCAGCUCUUCACCUCCAGCUCUUCGCCUCCGCUCAGCGGUCGGUUCUCGCCUCAUUGUGAGCGCCGUGCACGCGAAACGGGACGACAGCUCAGACUCGACGAGCAUUUAAAAUAACACGUUCAAAGCGCCGUGGGAGCCUGUAGUUUUUUUUACCCGCGCGGACGUGGGAGCCUGGGAAGACGAGCGAGGAGUCCUCGAACGCAACGGCGGAAAGGCUCGGAAUGAACCGAGCGAAUUCCUCUGUACUGACAGAAAUGCAAAAAGUUUGAAUUGUAAAUAUUCACCAGAAAGAAAUGCAUCUCUCGAUCCCGUGGGUUCUUGACGGAGAAACGCGUUUUGAAUGAGGAAAUGUGAUUUACCGGUUUGUGCUAUUUUGUCUACACUCGUUCUAUACACCUGUACUACUACUACUACUCAUGUUGAAUCUUUGAAGUGCAAAUAUUCAUGUAAUUCCUCCUUUUUUUUUUUUCAUAUCGUGACAAAGUCAGUGUACACAUUUACCGUGUGUGGUUGAAAACUGUUUCACCGUGCUCCUUAUUUUUAUUUAUUUAUUUAGUUUUACAUGACACUUACCCAGCAUUGCUUGCGACACACAAUAAUAUUUCUUGUGAUAUUUGUCUUUGUAUUAAGUGAAGCUGAAUAAGCAGCGCAAGAAACAACCUUUGGGGACUGGGGGCAGGGUGUGAUGAUGAUGGAGAAUUUUGGACUUUUUGGACACACCUAGUGUCAUCAUUCAGGCAUUUAACACACCAUUUAUCAGCAUUUUAUUUAUCAUUUAUUUUUAUUUUUCAUUAUUUAAAAAGGUUCCAGCUGCAGUGCCACUACUGCGUCCGUGUUAAAACGUCCCUUCCCAUUUUUGCAUUAGGAUUGGUUUUGUCUCGAUCAACUAACAAGAGCAAAUAAAUGUACAGAAGACCAGCAAAAUAAAAGUGUAUCUCUCGACAGGCCAGGAAACGUCCGGGCUGGAUUCAGUGAAAUAAAACCACACGUUUGUUCAUGUCGCCGUCCACUACCACAGGUUGAUCCAUGUCGUCAUCCAUUUAUUCAGGCAUUGUAUUAACUAUCUAUUUUACUACUUACUUAACUAGUUAACUUUGAAAACAUAAAAAAAAAUAAAAAUAAACGAUUUUUAGAAAUGUGGUGAAAUCAGAAAUUGUACAUGACAAAUAUUGAAACAGUUAAUAUUUGAUGGUGUUAACUUUUGACAAUUAAACAUUUGUAACUGCUUGAAUUGA